AUGGCUGCCAACGAGAUUAUGGCACCGACAGUCAAUGCCAACUGUCAAUAUUCGACCAGAUAUUGCUGGGAAGCUGAAAAAGUCAAAUCAUUGAUCAGAUUACGCGCUGAACUCUCACCACUCUUCACGGGCAAGAGAAACGCCUCGAAAUAUGCCUGGGCCGUCGUCGAGCGUGAGCUUAAUGUGCCGCUGCCGCUGUCGAAGAUCAUCAAGAAAUGGAACAAUCUGCUGCAGGAGUACAAGGCCAUCAAAAUGUCCGAGGAGCCGAAGCGGCGGGAAUGGCCGUUCUUUACACUGAUGGACGUGUAUUUCAGCGACCAGGUCAACGAUCCCUCGUUGCGCCUGUUCUCGUCCACCAAGACACUAAAGGAGACACUGGACGACAGCGUCUUCGAGGAUGAUCCGAUCAUUGCAUCGGCUAUUGCGGCAGCCACCAGCGGCGCCUAUAUGGAAAUCGAUGAGCUGAUCAGGCGGCAGAAGGAGCGCGCCGCCCUCGCUGCCGAGCGCAAAUUGGCAGCAGCGGCCAGCGGCGCUAGCGGCGACUAUAAAUACGAUCUGAAGCCAAUGCUGGCCAACAACAACAGCGGCAACAAGUUCAACAGCAACAGCGAGAUGGUAAAGCUCUCCAAGAGCGUUGACGAUUUAUCCAUGCAGCAGUACAAGAUUAAGCAGGAGCUGAUGCGGCAGCGGGAGCAGGAGCAGCAGGAGAACAUGGUCAAGAUCAAGCAGCAUGCGCGCCAGCAGCAGCAACAGCAGCAGCAGCAACAACAGCAGCAGCAGCAGCAACAUCACCAGGCCCAACAGCAGCAACAGCAGCGUUUCAUGAGCCACCAGCCGUCACUUUCGCCGCAUCCGCAUCGCCUGUCCUCGUCCUCGACACCGCCAGGCUUGCAGCAUGCGCUGCAGCAGCAGCAGCAUCUGCUGCAGCAGCAACAGCAGCAUUUACAGCAGCAUCUGCAACAGCAGCAGCAACAGGCUCAGCAGCAGCUACAGCAACAGCAACAACAGCAUCAUCAUCAGAUCGCACACCCACAUCAGCCACCCACGCCGCGCCCCUGUUCGCCGCCUACCACUGCUCAACAGAUCCACAUCACGGCCACACAGCACCAGGCAGCCCAACAGCAGCUGCAGCAGCAGCAGCAGCAGCAGCAGCAACAGCAGCAACAGCAGCAGCAGCAACACAAGCAACAGCAGCAACAGCCCUACACCGAUCCCAAUACCAUAGAUCAGUACCUGCUGUCGUGGAACAAUUUCCAUGGCAACAUGUGCCGCGGCUUUCACUCUCUGCAGAAGGACGAGAAGAUGGUGGAUGUGACCAUCGCAGCAGGCGGAAAAAUAUUUAAGGCCCACAAACUGGUGCUGUCCGUUUGCAGUCCGUAUUUCCAGCAGAUCUUCCUAGAGAAUCCAUCCAGUCAUCCCAUACUGCUGAUGGCCGACGUCGAGGCCAGCCACAUGGCCGGCUUGCUCGACUUUAUGUACAGCGGCCAGGUGAACGUCAAGUAUGAGGAUCUGCCCGUGUUUCUCAAGGUCGCCGAGGCCAUGAAAAUCAAGGGGCUACACACAGAGAAAAACUUGGACAGCGAUGCCAGCGACAUCAGCUCGCCGCUAGAGAGCGAUGGCACCGAGUGCCGCUACGAGCGUGGAACACACAGCGUCAACAUCACUAGUGGGCAUGCCGCCGGCUAUGGACCAACAGCUCUGGAGCAGUCACCUCUGAAUGGGCCCAACCGAUGCGCCACGCCUUUAUCGCUGGCCAGUCCGGGCGGUGGUCAAGCACAGGCGCAGGCACAGGCACAGGCGCAGGCGCAGGCACAGGCACAGGGCUAUACUGGCUUCCGUGAACACAUUAAGUCGAAGGCUACGUUGGCCGAGAGCUUUAUAAAGAAUCUCAAUCGCAACAAUAACAACAACAGCAACAGCACCAACAACAACAACUACAACACUCUUGGCAGCAGCAACAACAACAACAACAAUAACAAUAAUAACAACAACAAUGUCAGCAACUCGAAUCUGGCAGAGGCGGAAAGCAAUUCCUUUGCGAUCCUGCAAGCCAACAGCAAAAAGAUGCUCGACUCGGCACGUAAACAGCACAAGUACCUGGCCAAGCGCAAGAUCCUGAUGCACUAUAACACAGAGCUGGGCGGCGAAAAGCGCUUGAAGGAGAUGGAUCGGGAGCGAUAUCCAAGUGCUGAGCGAAAUGACGACGCCCUGAACAACAAUCACGCAUAUGCCCACAGCCAGGAUAUCAUGGAGCCCAUCACAACGAUUGUGCCACGGACGCCGGAGCCGCAGCCACCGCCAGCUACGCACAACAAUAACUUCAAGAUACGGCUCGUGGAGAAUCAUCAUCUGACCAAUAGCAACAACAGCGGCAGCAAGAGUUCCGGAAAUAACAACAACAACAACAACAAUGGAGGGCCUGAUGAUGAGGAAGCCUUGAAUCUGGUACAAACGCCCAAUGUCAAUGGCAAUCGGGCACGCCCACAAACCCCAACGCCUCCGCCCGAUAUUCAGCUGGUGAAGCGUGAAGUGGAGCUUGAGGCGUCGCCAGGUGAAGCCACAAACAACAACAACAACAAUGGACACGAUGAAGAUCUCUCCGCCUAUGAGCGUAAAUACGAUGACAACAACAACAAUCGCGGCUUGGACAUGGAAACUGAUUCGAACAACAACAGCAACAAGGGCAACACCGAGACGAACAACAACAAUGCCGAAGCCGGAGCCGGAUUGGCACUGGCGCUGGGCAAGCACAAACUGUUAAAUGCGAUCAAUCGAAACCUGGAACUGGAGCAACAGCAACAGCAACAUGUUACCGACCGUGAACGGGCAGAUGCAACUGAACAUGGCGGCAGCGGCAACAACAACAACAACAAAAGCAGCAGCAAUGGCGAGCACGACAACGAUGACAACAACAACAACAACAACAAUCACAGCCAGCACCUGGACUUGAGUACCAUCAAGAAUAUAGCCACAGCGGAGAUAUUGUGUGGCCUGAAGAGCAAGGUGCUCAAGCUAGAGGAGGAGCAGCGCGAGCGGGAGCGCGAACGGGAGCGAGAGAGGGAAGCCUUGCGCAGCCUGAGCGAGAUUAAGAAUGCCGAUUGA